AUGGGUAAACUUUUUCUGGCUUUGCUGGGUAUAAGCCACGUCAAACUUUUGUUAGCUGGACCGCCCCUGGAGGAUUAUCUGGUGCGUAUGAAGGUCAACGGAAAGCUCAUCUGCAGCGGAAUUGUUGUGAAUCGGAGAGAGGUCUUAACGGCUGGGUAUUGCAAGCCUGAUCGGCAUGCGGAGAAAUUCAUUCUGGUAUUCUCCGAUGGCUCUACAAACACUGUCACGAAUAGCACUGUGUCCGAAUAUUAUACAGCCAAAGACGCCAGUGAUUUGCUGGUCCUACUUCAUUUGAGCAAGGAACUUGAGGAAAAGUUCACCAAUCCGCCACCCAUUUGCCAGUAUCGACCUCCCAUUAACCAUCAAGUGGAGUAUUGGAGCUGGAAUGGAAACGUUCUGCAGAAGAAAUACACUCCGCAGUCAACGACCUUGGAAUGCAGACGUGAAAUCAAGGAUCCCGAUGGAGUGGUCAUCGGAAAUGACAUCGUUUGCUUGAAAAACAUGCAAUAUUCCCAGGGUUGUGUGAAAAACUUUGGCAUUCCCUUCGUGUGGCGCAACAGCUUUUGUGGAAUUAACAUAUUGGGACAUAAUUGCCAAAUUGCCAGUAAAGCGGAUAUAUUUGUUCGACUGCGAACAACCAACUGA